AUGAAGACCCCUGCAGCUAUAGUUACCCUGCUGGUUUUUAUGUUCCUUAUGGUGCUCUCUGAAAACAGCCUCCUUCUCUAUCUUAUACAAGUGGACUCUGGUCUUCGUUCCCCAAUGUAUUUUUUUCUGAGUCAAUUAUCUGUCAUGGAUAUCUGCCAAACUCUUGCCAUUGGCCCCAAAAUGACAAUGGACUUUUUAAUAAAGAAGAAUGUUAUUUCUUUGAAUGGAUGUUCAGCUCAGAUAUUUUUCACGCUGCUGAUGGGUGAGGCAGAAUGCCUCAUCCUUGCUGUGAUGUCAUAUGAUAGGUAUGUGGCUAUAUGCAAACCCUUGAAAUAUCCUGUCCUCAUGAGAAGGAACGUCCUCAUAAUUUUAACAGUAGCAGUUUGAUUUGGUGCUUUUUUGCAUGCGCUGGUGCCCAGUAUUUAUGUGCUGCCACUGUACUAUUGUGGGUCGAAUGUGAUUCAUCAUAUCUACUGUGACCUCCCAUCAAUGCUGAAGUUGUCUUGUUCUGAUACAUCUCACUUUGAAAAGACUUUGAUCUUCAGUGGGAUUACUUUGCUGGUCAUCCCUUCUUCCAUCAUCUUGGCCUCCUACAUGUGCAUUCUGGCAACCGUCUUGAGGGUCAACUCAGCCGAAAGGAGUCACAAGGCGCUCAGCACUUGCUUGUCUCAUUUGUGUGUGGUGGGACUAUUCUAUGGGUUAGCCAUGUUCAAGUACCUGAGACCCAGAUCCUACCAAACACCAUUGCAAGAUGAUAUGGUUUCGCUGUUUUGUACCAUUGUCACCCCCACGCUGAAUCCACUCCUAUACAGCCUCAGGAACAGGGAUGUGCUAGCGGCACUGAAAAAGCUGUUCACGAAAAAAAUUACAUAA